AUGAUCAGGGAAAGUCUCCGUUACCGCGAACAUCAUGAGGGUCACAGGUGGGAGAAAACAGUGAGACACCCAUGUCUCGAUCUUCAUGGGAGUGGAUGGAGGACGGAGAAAGAUGAUGAUGAUGAUGAUGAUGAUGAUGAUGAUGGAGGAUGGAGGAUGGAGGAAGAGGAUGGAGGGGAGGGAUAG